AUGACAACCAUUCCCGACCCGCAUGUACCCGUUGAGGUCGAGGUCAAUGAAGAGGCCAAUGAACCAGCUCAAAAGUCGCCACAGAGCAAUGUCGAGUCCAACUCCCCAUCUGAAGAAGAAAAUGAGCUCCAUUACCCUGUCGAUCACCUCUCGACUCCACGCCAAAUCCUCUUCAUUAGGACCCUCUGCACCGCCAUGUUCACGAACCAAAUUGGUCUCGGAAACACUCUUGCCACCGUCGGCCCCAUAGGCGAAUCCUUCGGCAUCAGCAACCCAGGCCAACUAUCAUGGCUGAUUGCCGGAUACAGCUUGACCAUCGGCACUUUCAUCCUCAUCGGCGGCCGGCUGGGCGAUGAGUUUGGCAACAAGAAGCUAUUUGUGAUUGGAACGGCCUGGUACGCUUUAUGGUCUCUCAUCGCCGGUCUCGCCGUCUAUAGCACCCAAGUGCUUUUUGUCUUUGCUCGCGUGUUGCAGGGUGUGGGCCCGGCACUUACACUCCCCAACGCUCUUGCUAUACUCGGCCGGUCGUAUUCCCCCGGACCACGUAAAAACAUGUCCUUUGCCUGGUUCGGUGCUUCAGCACCCUUUGGAGCCAUCAUUGGGUUCUUCUUUGGCGGCCUGUUUGUGCUCGCUUGGUGGCCGUGGAUCUACUGGAGCCAGGGAAUCGCGCUUGCUAUAAUAGCCGUCUUUGCCGCUUGGGCGAUUCCUCCUCUUCCCGUGUCUCGGCAACAGGGAAAGCAACUUCGAGAAAGGCUGGAGGACCUGGAUGUUCUUGGAGGCUUGACCGGCGUAACCGCAUUAGUCUUGGUGAACCUUGCAUGGAACCAAGCAGUUGUUGUGGGUUGGCAAGAAGUUUAUAUCUACCUUUGCCUGAUCCUGGGUUUCCUCUUUGGAGUGGUGUUCUUUCUUAUCGAGGUCUACUGGGCCAAGUCCCCUAUUAUUCCUUUCGCUUCGUUCAACUCUGACGUUGCCUUUGUGUUUGCUUGCACAGCCGCAGGCUGGGCUUGCUUUGGCAUAUGGAUCUUUUAUAUUGGACAAGUCGCGCUCAAUAUUGACGGCAAUACUCCCAUACAAAUGUCGGCAUGGUUUGCGCCAGGGAUUCCCGUUGGCUUAAUUUCAGCACUGGCUGUUGGAAAGCUGCUGGGAAAGGUUCCCGCCCCGUGGAUAAUGGUUAUUGGGCAGGUCGCUUAUCUUGCUGGCUCUAUCCUAGCUAGUAUUCGGCCUCCGCACUCAACCUAUUGGACGUAUUUCUUCUUUAGUGUCUUGAUUAUUACUGUCGGCAUGGAUACCUCGUUUCCUGCAGCAACAAUCAUCUUCUCGGAUGCGGUGCCCCGGCAUCACCAGGGAAUGGGUGCUAGCGUUGUCUUGACUGUUGUCAACUACAGCAUCUCAAUUAGCUUGGGCUUUGCUGGUACCAUUGAGCGAUACAUCAAUAAUGGAGGGCAUACAGAGGCCGACAGGCUUCAUGGGUAUCGUGGCGCCAUCUGGUUUUCAGUCGGUUUGGCGGGGCUGGGGUUGAUUUUGAGUUUGGUCUUUGUGUUCAAUUCUAAGAAGCAGCGAGGAUGA